UGAUAACAACAUGGCGGACGGAAGAAGACUGUUUGACCAUAACACCUAAAUUUGCCAGCCCUUCCCUCUCAAUCCAAACCAGACACGCUCAAUUCCUUUAACAUGUGACAGUCCACUACAAACGCUCUUCAUCAUGGGCGAAGCUAACCUCAUUAGGGAUAUAACAUUCCCUUUUGACCGUGAGAAGAGCGUCUCGUUAGAGCUACUCUUCAAUUCUUUUUGUAAUCAUAUCACACUUGGACAGUGGGAAUUAGCCCGGGUAUGCUUGAGGUCUUUGAGUGAACAACGCCAGCAGCUUGGGAAGCCAUUGAAGGAGAUUCUAAGAGCUCUCAUAGACCAGCCUUUGGCCUGUUGCAAAGGAUCUUUGUCCCUUGAGUCCCCCUACCAUCUGACAUGGGUCUUCCUGAUGGAAUAUCUGGACUUGUAUGGCUCAGAGGAGCUCCCCAAGCCAUUUUCACAAAUGAUUGAAUUCAGACUUCUCCUUCAUCUGACCUGUGUUGAUGCACCCAAGCACCUUUUACAGGAGUUUGAUAGUUAUUACUGCAAAAUGAUAUUUGAUGAGCACGGCACGGGUGUUUCUACCCUACCUUCCUCUACACUCAACUUUCUCAAACAGCUACUCAACAAUAACCCAGAGUUUGCUCAUGCCCUGAUCACUGCCCUAACUGGAAAAGGCAAAUCAUUCCUGGAAAAUAACCAAUUACUACAAACAGUUUACACUGACAGCAUAGAGCAAUACUUUGCUGAAUUGGACCAUGGAGAAACUUGGCCGCAAAUGCAUGACAAAUCAGGAACAAUAGAACGAUUUGAGAAACCUAAACAGUGCAUUUAUAGAAUUCUCUCACUGAUGAAUCCAACUCAUGAAAUGACUGGAUUUAUUUCCAAGUUGAAUUCUUUAUUUGAAAAUCUUCUUCAAAGGACAAAGAUUAGUGAUCCAAGAUGUCUUGAUAAAGGGAAACUCUAUUCCAGCCUCAUAAGAACAGAGAAAACCUUUCUGAUUUAUUUGUUUUGCGCUGUUGAGAACAGACUCAAGUUUAUGUGUGAGACAGAUGAGUAUUUUCCAUGCAAAGACCUGGGGUGUCAUGGUACAUCCAACACUGCAUAUAGCACUAUGGUCCAAGUUUGCUACUUACAGUCUCAUAUGAAUAACAGGCAGAAAGCCUGGGAGCUGCUCUACUUUCAUUCUCUGAAGCAAAAUCAUGUUCUGGACAAUAUUGUGGAGACAGCGCUGUUGUUUGUCAAGGAAGGGAUGUUUGACAAGGUCACUCAGCUAUUGAGCCCUUUGGAGCUACAGAUGCUUAAGCCCCUUGUUCUUCUCAUGGGCUGGCGGUACUGUUACAGCUGUGAAAAUGCCCAAAAUCUGCUGGAUGCACUUUGGGAUAAUGAGGCCCCAGUCUCCCACCCUGUAUUCCACCAAGCCUGUCAGAAGCUGGCUUAUCAGGUUCAGCUAGUGCAGUGGUGUCUGGAGAAAGCACAACCUCUGUUGGCAAGUGCCGAGUCUGGCUCCACCCGCCACCAGCAGGCAAGUCAGAUGUUCCAGGGCCUUGAGUCGCACUCUGUGCUCCAUGUGCUGGACAGAUCCAUCAGCCUUGCUCACCUUCCUGAGAAAGAGGUCUUCAGUCUGCUCAAGAAGCGUCCAGUCUUCAACCCAUCUAGCACAUCUGCCGACACGAGCCCAACAGCUAAAUCAAAUGCGAGAGUUGAUACACGGGGUGCUGUGAUUGGCAAAGUGAAUAUCGAAAGCAUAAAGGAGUGCAACGUGCCUUCAGGAGAUGGCAGUGAAAGCUUGGCACUACAUCCUGAGGUGGAGAGGGACGUUGUGAUCUAUCACAGCUUUUGUGCUCUUAGAAACUUCAUGGAGUCUAUUACUCAAGCAUCAUCGUCCUUGUCUAGGAACUCGGAUCAAAGUUAUGCAAUAAAUGACUGGGAUGCCUUCCUAGAGAAGCUUCGUGAAGGAAGAAGGCAUCUCUCGGAGGUCUACCCUCUUACAUACAGGGUGGAGAUUCUCGAGGACAUCUUUAGUUUGCUAUUUGUCACGUACGAGGAGCUGUAUGAUGAGAGAAGCCACCAUGACAGUGACGACCUGGACACUGCUGACGAGGAGACAAAGAGCUUGAACACAAGUCUCACGGGGAGCAUGAAGAGUCUAGUCAGUAUUACAAGCACAGAGCAGCAAGGAGAGCUCUCAGGGAAGUUUAGCCCAUUGAAGGAUAAGAGUACCCUGUCUCCAGCCCAAAGUCAAACUUCAGAAUCUUCCUCACGAUCCAAGUCCAGUGAAGGUUUCAGGUCAGCUAAGCGCCCUCUUUUCCAGGCAGAGAAACCUGAACCCCUCGUGACUACGGAAAGUAUCAGAAAAACUCUCCUAUUGGCGCCUGAUUCUCAUAAACCCAAGGAUGAGCCUAGGAACAUUUUCAGGAAGGUGCUCGCACGAACUUGUUGUGAGGACCCCCAUGAGUAUGAGGACCCUGCUGAGUCAAGGGUGGGGUUCGUUGUUAGUGACGAGAAGGUACUAGAGUACCUCAAGACGGUCAAGGAGGCACUGAUGGAGUUGAAUGUGGCGAAGCUGCAGUGUAGACAAGACAUUGAUGGCAUGAAGAAUAGUCCUGACUGGAUUCGAAGCUCAGUGUUCGCCAAUUCCCUGGACCAGAGGGUGUCCAGGUUAGGCAAGUACAUCGGAGAGGCAGAGUGGAGACAUCAGCUAGUGUCCUGGACAGACCCAACUCGACCAGGAAAUCGCGAGAGACCAAAGAAAAGGCCCACAAAGUACCAGCGAAUACCGGAGAACCGUGUCUGGACAGAAGUACGAGAUGGAGAGGAAACAAAGGAUAAACAAGCGUCAAGUCCAGAGGGCGGUGCGAGGGGGCCUGAGUCAGAUGUUCCGUCUGAGGAAUCCAGCGCUUAUCUCAGUCAAGACCUAACAACAGUUACAGAAGAUAAUUUUGAUGGCUCGCAAGUGCGCAAGAAGCGUCGCAAGACUGCAAGUGCUCCGAGGGCAUCACUAUCAGAAGGACUUGUAGUCAUGGAUAGCAGCAUCAUAGCCCGGAUGCUCUCCCCGCCAGACACUCUCAUCUACAUGUGUAUGCGCAAAGGGAGCUAUGACCGCGCCCAUCAGGUCAUCAAGAUGUUCCAGUUGCAGGACAAACCAAGUGCGCAGGCCGCUCUAUUCGCAAACAAGUACAGCGUAGCCUUCAAGCAACUCUCAAGCCUCCAGCCUCGCUCUAGGAAAAAGGACACGCGACCUUCCACUUCAAAAACAUUAGGUGCUGUUGCUAUGGCCGCAGCGUCAGGUGUGACGUCAUCGCUGGUUUCGAACGUCAUUGAUGAGCUACUGACGUUGCCAAAUUUGGAGGGCGUCAUGUUACCUGGUGUGGUCGGCCAAGAAGAAAGCAGUGAAGGGCACCAUUUGUCCAGGUUUGUUGGUCCUGAUCUGGUUCCAGUGAUGGUGUGCUUGGACCUGGCGUGCACUGCGAAUGUGCCCUGGGAAGUGUGCAAGACUUUGCUGGACACUGCUGCUAGUAGAUUGAAAGAUGCUGGUUCACCGACAAAGUCAGAGACAUCGGUUGUUGGCAUCGUAGCAUUUUUGUCAGAACUUCGCAGCGGCUUUGCAUCAGAGACCGACACUCAAACUAAGAAACCGUCAACUAGACCAAACUUGGUAGAUAUCCUUCUGACAGGCAAUAGGCCUGUUUGCCACAAGUCCAGGGAAUACUUCAGGAAGUGUGACCAGGAACAGGAGAACUCAUUGCAUCAGAUGGAGCACGCACUGGAAGAAGGAGACCAGAUGAUAACUAGCGCUGGUGACACCACAAGAAGGGGUUCUCCUCGCAGAUCUCGUCUUCCUGGUGGCCAGGUUGAGCGUGCCCCGUCUGUGCGAGUCUCCCUCGCUGAGCUCCAGCGGGCGUUUGAUUGCAUAGAGGCAGUGGGUCAGCUUGUUCAUGGCACGGAAAGGUUGGAUUAUAUACGCAGUCUGACGCAUUAUGUCGAUACUCUGGCGACACAUCUCCUUCAUUGGCAGACCCACCCUUCAGGUGAGAAGAUCGUUUAUUUACCUUCAGGAGAAAGGAACGUUUAUUUACCUUCAGGCGAGAAGAUCGUUUAUACACCUUCAGAUGAGGUUCCUUCUUGUAUACCUGAAUCCCCGGUCGAGAAGUCUCGAAGCGCUCAACACAAAGCGUCUAACCCAUUCGUUGUCCUCGGUGAAGGGAUUGCCGAAACUCUUGGAAAGCCCAUGUUUGAGAAGAACGUUUCACCUGAAAGGCUUGAGACCGUUUCCAAACAACUGCAUGUGAACCUGGUGAAAGUCAUCGUCCACAACUGCUGCCCUCCUAUCCCUGUAGCAAACACUACGCCUAACAAUGUCGUCCGUUGGCCUUCCUCUACGCCUGUCAUAUUAAACACCGGGAUGUGGGUGAAUAAGGCAAGGGAGCCAAAUGUUGUCGCCAAGGAGCUUCUCACAAAGAUGCUGGACUUCCUUAAAGGCGUUGCUACCAAUUGUUGCGGUACAAUCGACGCACGCUCUGCUGCCGUAGCGGUAAAAAGCCCAGAGUUCCGUGCGGCCGUGCUUGGCGUGGAGGAGCUUCACCAUGUUGACCUUGACCUCUUACACACGAAUCCUGCCAAGGUCAGCUUCUUCGCCAACGUACUUAACCUACUGCUUGCGCAUGCCUCGUUACUGCAGUUCCUCGUGGAGAAAGAUGAGGAACUGGUCGAACCCAGGCUUACUCGGCAUAACUCACUUCGGUGUCUGGAUGCGGCCAGUGUGUCUAGUGUUCCGGGAGAUCUCGGGAGCUUCUCUGUGUCAUCUAUGGAGAGGAUCGCAUUUUUAAAAAGGAAUUGCUACAGCAUUGGACAGCUUGGUGUCACAAGUGCGUUUGACAUCAUGUACUACAUUCUCCAUGCUGGUCUUAUCCCACCAUCAACGUUCGGCCUCGCACUCCAGCUCUGCUUUCCAGAGAGACCCGCGGAUGAUCCCAAGCGCAAGUACAGACCAACCACACCUGAGAAGCGAAUAGUGUUUGCCAUUUGUGAUGGGUGUGUCUCGUCACCUGAUCUCCAGGUGCUUGAUGUGGAAGGACUUGACGUGCAGCUUACCUCCGCUGUGGUCUCCUACCUCAACACCCGUGUCUCUAUCAACACGGACAAGGGACAGGUAGUUCUCCCGGAGUUACUGAGCUGGUACAAAAAGGACUUCGAGAAGAGCCCACUUACUGAUAGCGACAAUCUCAUUGGCGACUCCCCACCCGACCCAGAAGUCUUGCUGCUCCUGCAACUUGAGCCCUUCCUGCACCCAGACCUAGCGCAGCAGCUACAGGUGGUCCUUCCUAACGUCAAGGACGUCACAUUCACCCCCUUCUGCUGGAAGUUCGCCUACAAAUUCGGGUACACAGGCAUAACAGAGUCCGACUCAAGUAUGAGCCUGGCCCGUGUCCGACGGACAAGCUCUGUUCCGGACAGUUUGCAGCUGAGCUUGGAGUUACUGAGUGUCGGGUCUGUGGAGUCUGUGGAUCACAGGGAGAAGUACCCACUUAAUAAGACCACUGCUGAUUACCUGGAAAUGACCUCGCCCCUGGUAGCAGCCAUUGUUGGGCUGGUGUGCUCAGACGACAGAGUGUUGGCUCGUAGAGCUCUCAACCGCAAUGAGAAAGACAAGGAUAAAAUCUCUGUGACUGAUUUCCCAUUCAAAGGUGUCCUAGAACGCAUCGACAAGUAUCCUGUUCUCCAGCGCUAUCUGGUAGCACGGUUAUACCCCAUAGCAGAAUUCCUGGUGAUGUCUGCCUCGGAUCACGACAAGAUCCAGUUCUCUGGGAGUUACGAGCUUGUGAGAUGGGACCCAAAGAGCGGGAAGCAAGACUCAAGCCUGGAAAUCCCCCUGUUCUCCCUUGCACUUGCGCCGGACGGGUCACGAGAACUCCAGCAGGCAUUCCUGAAAGUCAGUGAUCACUACCUUAGACAGGGAAACUUUCACCUUCUGCUUGAGUGUCUUGACUCCACAAGCUUCAGCAGCAACGGUAGCAGCAGCCAUCCCGUCGACUUUCUACUCACCUCAGCUGUCCUCAGUAAAGGCGGAACCUCGACUCAUUACGCAAGCGAUUUAGAGGAAGUACUCUGUGGGCUGAAUCUGGAGGCUAUUGGGUACUCGCAGACUUGGAGAAAGAGGCCAUGGAUCUUGCUGGCACGCCUCGAUGAUAAUGAACACUUGACCCAGCUGGUGUUGAGUAAAUUGAGGGAAUGGCGUGCCAAGGACUGCAUGGAUCUGCUUGAACUGUGUUUAAGCAGGCCGCCCAAGAGCUGUGCUUUGAUAACGGAGUUAGAGAGAAGGAGAAAGGAGCUGCGUGUUUACAUGCAGAUCACUCGCUGUGCCAAGUCUCCUCAGCUGAGGGCAAGCUUAGCGGACAGCAGACCCCCUGCCACAUCCCUCCUGACCCAGUGGCAGGGCGUGGCCGCAACGUCUCACGAGACACCCCACGUGGUGAUGGAGUUCUUGUUGUCCCUGCAGCAGUACGAGCUGGCGGCAGAGUGGGCCGAGGUAGAGAACCUUCCUUCUGAGAUCCACCAGACGAUCAAAGAAAGCCAGCUGAAACACUUGCUUGAGAGCAGCCCUGAGGACAGUAUGUCGGCGUACCGAAUACUUGAGAGCAUCCAAGAGCAACAGAUGGCACUAGCGAUAUGCGAGUCUCUACUACAGCAAAACCUGCACGUAAGCCAGACGCUGUUCAUCAUCCAGUUCAUGCUGACCAAUCUCUACCCCCACCUCUCCCCCGUCAGGCGAAAGGGUCUCCUCCUUACCAAGAUGGGCGCCAAGGCGCUGCUGUGUCUCCCCGAGGAAGCGCGCCCGAACUACGAGCAUCUCGUGUCCAGUCCCUCUCUGCUCCUCGAGCAGCUGCUGAUGAACUUGAAAGUGGACUGGGCCGAGCGUGUGUUUGCGCGUCUACAAAUGGACCUGACCGCUCUUGAGGAGUGUGAGGGCUCGCCUGAUCACGAGUGCUCGUCCAAAGUGUUUGACCAGCUGCUUGGGCGGUAUGCCUACAAGGCACUGGAGUUUAAGGUCAUCCAACCGGAAACGACUUCAGAUGUUCCGAGUGGUCUUCUUCAGGGCCUGACCCAGAUUCCCUCUUCUUCACCUACCAAUCUCGGACGGGCGACGCCAACUCCACUAACCUCCACGCCCAACCAGAGCCCCGACCUGAAAAGGAAGACAUCUGCGCGCAUGGGCACACUGGGCCGGUCGGUGUCCACCGUGUCAGCGGAGACCUUCAGGAGGGGUGGUCAGCAGACUUACCUACCUCCCGCCAUUCCCCCAAGGAAAGAAGAGUGGAUGCCAGAUGCGCAAGCCACCGCCUGCGUCAUAUGCACUGAGCCCUUUGGCAUGUUUAAUCGUCGUCAUCACUGUCGGCGCUGCGGUCGGGUCGUGUGUAGUGUUUGUUCUCCCCACUCUUGCGUCGUCCAUGGUUAUGGAAAGGCUCUUGUUCGCGUGUGCUCAACCUGCUACGAACGGAUCUACGUCCCAAGACUGCAUGAACCAGACGGAUCCCCUGCCUCCAGACCCAUGCCACAGCCCGGGGCUGCACGAUCUCUCGAGAGAAGCAUUGCUCAGGAAAGCUUGACAGGCAGCUUUACCGGAAGUUCCUACGCUCACGAACAGGAAGCGGAAGAUGAAACACCGGAAAUACAAUGGAAGCUUCAGCUUGACCCAGCGGCGAAUGCAGCUGUGAGAGAGCAGUUCUACUACGAACAGGCCCCGAGCUCAUCUCUCUGUAUGGCUAUCCUGGACCUGUACAGUGAUAAUUCGGCUUGCGGCAGACUCAUCCUAGAGCUGUGCAACACUCUCUCGCAGAUCCUGGUUCCGCUGUUGCCAGGAGUGAGGAAUGAGGAACUAGACCAUAACCUUAUUAUUAGCAUGAUCCGGUACCUGUUGUUCAAUGCCAAGCUAAAGAUGAUUAAGGCUGGGGAGACGCAAGGGCUGGAGCUUUGUGACACGUAUCUAGGUCACGUGGACUUGAUGAAGUUCCUAGUUGAGUCCAACUGUGGUGACAUUCCAUCCUUGCAAGAUCUACUUCACCCAGAGUCUGCCAGGCGACUACGGGAUCGUUUCAUCGAAGAUGAGCGGCUUUCCCUGGCCAUGGAGGUGUCCACCAAGUGCGGGCUCGACCCGUCUGGAGUCUGGGCAGCUGCAGGUUUCGCCAGUCUUAGCUGCGGUGACUUUGCAGCUGCCCGGGAGAAGUUUGCCAGGUGUAUCAAGCCUGUAGAAGGAUCAAAGCAACAGCAACAGCCUCAGAGUUCUCAGUAUCUGGAGAAAGUCCUGGACAUCAUCCAAACAUCGCCACUCAUCAGUUUCACUCAGGCCACCAAUGAUUUAUUAUCGCCUUUACAUGAUCUUGCUGAACACUGCAAGACUGUGAGCCCUGGCAGUUUCCUGGAUUCCCGCCGGUUUGAUGAGUGUCUGUAUUACCUGUCCGCGUAUGGCUCGUCCAGCGCUGUGGUCAGCUUCUAUGUGCGGCAUGGACAUGUCAAGCUCGCAUGCCGAUACAUACUUGAUAAGAAAUGCAGCGCCGAAGUGUUUGUUGAGAGCCUGCUGAUGCGACUGGUCAGCAGAGGUAGCCUAUCAGUGUUGAAGAGCCAGCUUGAGUUGACUGACCCCACCCUGCACUCCUGGGUACCAUACAUGACGGCCGCCUGCCGCUACCUUCACAAGAAAGGGUACCUGAACCUGCUCUAUGACCUGCAGCUCUUCAUGAGGGACUACUUUCGUGCCGCACAGACAUGCAUUCGGUUCUACGAGUCUGGCGCCACAUCUUACGUGGAACUUCACUCCAGACUUGAGCAUCUGAACAAGGCAUGCCGGCACAUCGAGGCCAUCAUUGCCGAGAAACGUUCACCACGAGGCUCUGCACUCACCGGGAGCUCCAGACUGCGGAGUCCCUCAGGGAGCAAACGCAGUAAAGAGGACUCCCCAAACGUGCCACUCACACUCUCGGACCUUAAUAACCACUUGAACACCAUAAAUCUGCAAGUGGAGGUGACAAAGUUCAUGCACAAGUGUGCAGCGGAUGCCGGAAGUACAUCUCAGUUGUCACCCGGCGAUGAUGGGAGGCUACCCACGCUGUUCGGUAAUGGGCAGAUGCGUGGUGAGGUCGCCACUCAGGUUCUUCUGGCUGGCACGUCUAUUCAAGAUGGCUUCACUCUCACCUGCCGUAUAAUACAGGAUUAUAACCUUCCUGCGGCACGUGUGUACAUCAACACAGGUCGAGCUCUGGCGCGUCAGUACAGAUAUCAACACAUCCAGCAGCUGUUGAGGUGUGUGAGCGACACAGGUCUUGUGACGGAUAAGUGCCAUGACGAGAUCAUCCUGGCAUGCGUGCGCAUCAUCUCCUCAGAUGACAGCCAGACUAAACAUGUGGAUUCACUAAUCAGACUUCUAAGAAAUGACUCAAACAAGGUGAAUGCUUAUCUUUUGUGUGGGAAGCUAAGGUCUGCCUACCUGAUUGCCGUAAAAGAGAAAAGAGUGGAAGCCAUUGAGCAGAUUGCGGAGGAAGCCAUGAAGGUUGGACAGAAGAAGACUCUGGAACUUUGCAAGAAGUGGCUAGCCCAGUAUCAAACAAUGCAAGAGUCUCAACAUAGGAAACCAGAGCCAAAGAGAUGACAUAAAAGCAGCUCGCUUUUCUCCCUAAUUAAAGAAAAUGCUUAUGUUGUUAUAGUGUCGCAAGGAAAACAGUAUGUAUGGGGAAGCUAGGAGUAAUGCCUUCAGAAUUGUUCUCUAGCCCCACCAGCAUCAUACAUCAGUGGUGGUUGUUGACAAAAUAGUUCCAAAUACUGUACUUCGAAAAUUUGGUACUUUAAACAUGAACAAUACAUUAGAGAAAAAACAAUGAGGGAAUGCAAGGAUAAAGUAACAACAAGCACAUAUAAACAAUAUUCCAUACCCCUUUCCCUGAAUAAUAAUGAGUUCCCUGUAAAUAAUCAAGCACAAAGCUAUGGGGAGGGGCUGCAGGGGGCAUGCCAAACCAGUUCGACCACCAAGAAGUGAUUCAUUUCUUAUUAAGCAUCAUCAAAUCUUACCAUUCUCCUAUGUCUGACUACACACCCCUUAUCAGCAAAUCCAUGCUACACGCCUGAUGUUCACCCCUCUCAAAAUAUUCCCUGAACAAUCAGCAACCAAUCUGUUGACAAAUUUAAUGCCUUUAUGCUGUUUCAGAUGGACAUCUGAAUUAUGUAGCAUGACUUUAAUAUCCUCCCCUUUCCCAUAUUCGCUUUAUAUAAACCUUUUGAGGUUUAUAUAAAGACAACUUUUUAGAUGUCGUUUUCAAUAGGUUUUGUCCCUUAUUGAUGCUUCAACUGUUAUGAAGUGCUAUAGAAAUAUUUUUAUAUAAUUG